GGCUGGUAGCCCUGUUGGAGGUACUGGGAGACGCGCUGGGGGAUUGGGGAACAGCGGCGUUGUCCAGCACCAACACAGGCAGCAGCUGGAAGGAGUGUUGAGUAAAUACACAAACCUGCUUCAGGGAUGGCAGAACAGAUCAUUGUCUUGCUGCAUGACCCAGCUGCGCUUCAGCUUCAGCUCACGGACGGAUGGCCUGACAUUCUCCUGUAGAACUCUGAUACAGAGCAGAAUUCAUGGUUCCUUAAGUGAUGGCAAGGCGUCCAGGUCCUGAUGCAGCAAAGCAUCCCCAAACCAUGACACUACCACCACCAUGCUUGACCGUUGGUAUGAGGUUCUUACUGUGGAAUGCAGUGUUUGGUUUUCGCCAGACAUAACGGGGCCCAUGUUGGCCAAAAAGUUCCACUUUUGACUCAUCUGUCCAUAGAACAUUGUUCCAGAACUCUUGAGGAUCAUCCAGGUGCUUUUUGGCAAACUUGAGACGAGCAUUCAUGUUCUUCUUAGUGAGGAAUGGUUUCCGCCUUGCUACUCUGCCAUGAAUCCCAUUUUUGCCCAGUGUCUUUCUGAUGGUGGAGUCAUGAACACUGACCUUAGCCGAGGCGAGAGAGGCCUGCAGAUCCCUGGAUGUUGUUCUAGGGUUCUUUGUGACUUCCUGGACGAUUUUAUGCAUUGCUCUUGGAAAGAUUUUGGCAGGACGGCCACUCCUGGGAAGAGUCACUACUGUCCCAAACUUUCUCCAUUUGGACAAUAUGGCUCUGACUGUGGUUCGGUGGAGCCCCAGAGCAUUAGAAAUGGCUUUGUAACUCUUUCCAGACUGAUAGGCAUCAACAACUUUUUUCCGGAGGUCUUCAGGAAUUUCUUUUGUUCGUGGCAUGAUGGGCCUCUAGAACCUGUGUGCUGACAACUUCACUCUGAUGGUACUUUGUGUUGGAUAUGGAGUCCGGGCUGCUGCAGUAUUUUGUGAAUGAGCCCAGCAAGAACCAGAAGCCAAGAGGAGUCCUGCCGUUAACUGGGGCCACUGUCUCUCUCAGUGAUGAAGCCCCUCACAUGUUUGUAGUGUACUCUACCAACGGCGAGCUCUACAAACUCAGAGCUGCUGAUGCCAAGGAGCAGCAGUACUGGAUAAACCAGCUGCAAGCCUGUGUGAAGUCCCACUCUGAAGGGAAUGCUAAGAUAAGAAAAUUGAAGGAAUCAGAUGAAAACCUCUGUGUGGAGAAGACUGGUAGCAGCCAAGAUGGGCUGAGCAACACUGCUGCCAGAACCAGAAGCUUCUCUCUGCUCCCACACGGCGGCUCCAACUCUGCAUCGCCGAGCAGCCAGAGGCACCUGUCUCACAGUGGCGGGCAGAGCAUUGUCACCAUCACUCACCACAAGUCUCCCGCGGCGGCAAGGAGAGCCAAGAACCAGUAUCCGGGAGGGCUCAUCGAAGUCAAAGAGAUAAUGAGCCAGGCAGAGGGCCAGCAGAAGAACCUUGUGCACUCUAUUGAGUCUCUCCCAACUAGAGGGUCUCUGUCAGCCUUGGAUCAGGACCUGCUGCUCCUCAAAGCUACCUCAGCUGCUACACUGAGCUGCCUUGGGGAAUGCCUGAAUAUCCUGCAGCAGAACGUGAGCCGAGUGACCCAGCAGAGCAAGCCACUGCCUACAGAAAUUGUUCCAGGAUGGCCUGGACCAAAGUCCAGCUCUGCUGAGCAGCUAAAGAAUGGCGGCUUGACUCCUUUACCUUCUACCAGUGCCAACCUGUCCUGGUCGACUGAACCUUCCCCUUCUCAGAGCAACAAAGGACUAAAGCACAGCUUAGAGGCCCCAGGUUCAGAGGUGAUUAAUCUGAAUGAGGAGGUGACUGACACAGAGGACAAUGAAGAGGAGGAUCUAGGAGUCAUGGAUGACCAGCGAAGCAUCAUCCUUCAUCUCCUCUCCCAGCUCAAGCUGGGGAUGGACCUCACCAGGGUUGUGCUUCCUACCUUCAUCCUGGAGAAGAGGUCCCUGCUGGAGAUGUACGCUAACUUCAUGGCACACCCAGACAUGUUCAUCACCAUCACGGCCGGUUCCAGCCCCGAGGACAGGAUCAUCAGCUUCGUGGAGUACUACCUGACCGCUUUCCAUGAGGGGCGCAAGGGUGCCGUGGCCAAGAAACCCUACAACCCCAUCAUCGGCGAGACCUUCCACUGCUCUUGGGAUGUGCCUAAAGACAAAGUCAAACCCCUGAGGACUUACAACAUGUCCACCAUCCUCAAGGACCAGGCCAAAAUCCAGGCCCUAGAGCCUUCCGGGGACCAGGCCGACUGCUACAAAGUGCGCUUUGUGGCGGAGCAAGUGUCCCAUCAUCCGCCUGUGUCAGGGUUUUACUGUGAGUGCAAGGAAAGGCAAAUGUGUGUGAACGCACACGUCUGGACCAAGAGCAAGUUCAUGGGGAUGUCCAUAGGAGUGUCCAUGGUUGGUGAAGGUGUUCUUUGCCUUAUGGAGCAUGACGAGGAGUAUGUUUUCACACUGCCUUGCGCCUAUGCACGCUCGAUACUCACCAUUCCUUGGGUAGAGCUGGGGGGCAAAGUCACAAUCAACUGUGCCAAGACUGGCUAUUCAGCCACCGUCACAUUCCACACCAAACCUUUCUAUGGAGGGAAAGUCCACAGGGUGACAGCCGAAGUCAAACACAACCCUACCAACACCAUCGUGUGUAAAGCACAGGGGGAGUGGAAUGGAACUCUCGAGUUCACCUAUAGCAGCGGAGAGACCAAAGUGAUUGACACCACCAAGCUGCCAAUCAUCCGGAAGAAAAUCAGGCCAGUGGAGAAACAGGGGCCAUAUGAGUCAAGACACCUGUGGCAGCAUGUCACCAGUGCGCUGAAGGAAGGGAACAUCGACACGGCUACUGAGCACAAACACAUCCUGGAGGAGAGGCAGCGAGCCGAGGAGAGGCAGAGAGCCGCCUCCAACAUGGCCUGGAAGCCCAAAUACUUUAUAAAAGAGGGAGAAGGCUGGAUGUACCAUAGUCCACUCUGGAAAACACAAUGAUGAGAGUCCAUCCAUAAAACAGCCUGGCCAGCAACAGGAGCCAUCUGGGGAAAAAAUAACAAACUACUGGAUACAGAAAUGUCAGAUACAAACCUCUGAAUAGCGAGGAAUUGGAUGAAGGCAGCAAGCUCCAGAUGCCUUCUAAAACAAAAGCCAUCCUUGUAUAUACACUCCUAGUAUUAUAACAGCGAUAACGUUCGGUGGGGUUAGGGUGGGUGGGAGAGACAAUUUUUAUUAUUGCAAGUAGAAUAUUUCUAUUUUUCACUUUGCCAAGACCUCUUUUGCACUUGUACAAAGUGAAUUAGCCACUGACGUUCCUUUUUCUUCUUCUUCCUCGUCUUCAUCAUCUUCCUUUUCACACCAUGUACUGUAUUAUACAGCUCAUCCUGCCAAUGCAAAGCAAGCGCACCUCCUUUAGGUUGUGAGAAUACUCUGCAGCAGCAUGAAUCCCGUCCCUUCCGAGAGAAGCAAUACAAAACCGCUGCAGUGUGUUGGAUUCCAAAGAACCUUCAGUUCUGUCUUUUUGUGUACGCCUGUUGCACAUUGUUUAAUAUUGAUCAAUAUGUGUCUUGCCUUACGAUUUAUUUUUCUUUCUUUCUGCUGAUCAGUAACGCCAAAUUCAUUCCUGAGUUAUUGUUAUGUAAGGGUCUUUGGAUUCGUGCAUUUGCUUUGAAGUCUUCCCCUUGAUGUAUUGAGCUGUCCUAGUGUUUAUACAUGAAAAAAAGAAAUCCCCCACUGUACUGUACAGGUGAAUUACUAUACAACAGUCCCCCUCAAACACAGCUUCCUAUUAUUUAGCCCUGUUAUUGUCUACGGACAUUUAUUUUGAGACAAUACGGCGCUGUUGUAUCGAUGGCAGUGCUUUUGUUUUGUAUUUAAUUCAGGCACAGUAGUGGUCUACACUGGUCAAAUAAAAAGCAGACAAGGAUUUUUCUUCAGCAGCUGUAGGUUAUGACUGAUACUAUUUCUAAAACUGGCUUGCUUCCCAGAGAUUACUCAGCAUCUGAUUGUUUUUUUUUUUUUUGUUUCAUGGAGACAAAUCAAUUUGGCUUCCCAUAUAGUUUUAUAGUUAUACAGAUACAUUUCUAAAAUAUGGCCACAUGUUUAUAAUUAUAAUGAAUUCCAGUGGGAUAUGAUGGGAAGUAGGAAUCUUCAUAAAUGUACAUGAAUUCUCCCAUUAUUGCAUAUAACCAGUGUUGCCAUUUAAUGCAACUAGGACCUGAAUAUUUCGAUUUUCCCCAGCCCAAUAAAGACAUAAAAAAUAAUACUUGGAGCUGGAAUCCAGAGUGAAAAUAUCCUAGGUUGCAUUUUUUUAAAUGUAGUUUCAGCUAUAGGGACCUGUCUAGGAAUCCUCCUUACUAUAUUUCCACUCAGUGAGCCACAUAGUCAUACUCCUGUAAUUACAUUCAACAUUAGGAUAAGAUAAAUAUUCAUGUUAAAAUCAUAAAGCAAAACAAGUGGUGUUAUUCUGAUAAUCAAAUUAGUCAUUCAAUUUAAAUGUAUUAUUCACCGAUUUUAUUCACCAAAUGUAUAUUCACACCUGCCCCGAAUUGCCCUAUUUCAUUUUAUGACCACCACGUACAUCAUUUGAAUUAUCUUCCAGUGCAUACAUUUUUCAUUUUUGUGAGUGCCUCCCAUGUUUCCUUGGCCUACAGAAAAGAACAGAUACCAAUAUUAGAUUUUAGAUUCUGGUUUUUCAAAACAGUGUUAAUGUUCACCCUGGAAAUCCCGGAAUGGAAAAUUGACAAUGAAAUAUUUUUGUAAUUAUCGUUGCUGGUAUUAAUAAGACCUGCAUGUCUCAAUUUGUUUAACACGUAGAAGUGGCAAGUGUAGCAUUUCCUCUUCAUUACUGAAUAUUGUACCUCACAAUGGCGCACUUGUAAAAUGGUGGGCAUCAUUUUCCAGAUGUCCAGAGUUGUGUAUGCCAUUAUAAGAAAAUGAAAAAAAGAAUGCAUGCAGGAAAAAAAUGUGUGUGGAACUACAAUCCUUUUAAUUGCAGUAACACCCUUUACUAACGCUGGAAUUUGCCUGUCUGUAAGUGUUCAGUAGGAAAGGUUAACUUCCGACAAUAUAUUUAGAAGUACUUAAAAGAAAGUCAAACAUUAGACACGUUUCAACAAGAAGUCAUUAUCAAUGUCUUCAUGUAGACAAACGUUAAAAUGUAGUCUUAUGAUUUUAUUCAGCUUCUUUUUAGUGCUUCUGUGUUUUUCUUCUUUUUAAAGAUAGUAUGUGUCUGUGUAUGCUCUCGGUUAACUUGCACUUAAUUGAUUAUACAUAAAAGAUCACCAACCUGCAAGAUGAAAGCACCAUCUCUGUAAAAUAUCAAAUAUAACAUAGGUACCCUGGCAGGCAUCGCCAUAAUAAACCUAAAAUUAUCUUUUCAAAGUAGAAAUAUAAUUAAUAACACAUUCUUUGGCUAGAUUCUUCUUUGAAAUCAUUUGUGUGAUGAUUUUCUUUGGCAAACUCAAUAGUGAGCAUUUGUAAUUUGCCCUGCCUUAAGUGUUUUCUUUUUGUUUAAUUUUGUUUUACAUUUGUCCAAUAGAUUGGAAAUGGAAUGAAUAAUAAAUCUUGGGUUUGUCCUCUUAAUCCAAUUUCUGAUUAAA